UUUUGGAAGCUCCCCAAUGGAGAUUUGAUUUUGUGUACCCCUUCCUAAAAAUAGCAAGUUUGUUACAAUACACCACAACUAAAUGUGGCGCCAAAAACUGAAUUUCCCCGGCAAUUCAAUCGCCUCUAACCUCCAUUUCUGACACACCCUUCGAUCCCCCACAUCCCCAAAUCUAACCAUUUCUUCAACAAAAAGCCCAAAAAUCGAAAAAAAAAACCCCACCUCCCUUUUCUUCUUCGAUCUCUCCCAUGGCCGCCUGAUCUCUCUCUCUCUCCCCCCCAGCAACAACCGAUUCUUCUGACAAAGUUGGAAUCAACCUGGAAAUUCAACCAUUUCUGGAUCAGUGAAGGGGACUUUGGACAUUAUCAGGGUAGUUCAUGGCAAUGGGGAGAGGGGAACUCUCACCACAGGACUUCAAAACCACAAAAAAUAAUUGGAUUCAAUAUACCAAGAAGAAUCAUAUACAUGUUUCUCAAGGCUUAUAUACUGACUUCGAGUGGAAGGAUUAUUGUCCUGCAGUUUUCAGAAACAUACUAGAGCUAGAGAAGAUAGAAUAUGCUGACUAUAUGUUGUCGAUAUGUGGUGAUGAAACCCUAAGAGAGGUUUCUUCGCCUGGAAAAAUUGGCAGCGUGGUAUUUCUGUCAAAUGACGACCGAUUUGUGAUAAAAACGUUGCGAAAAUCUGAAGUCAAGGUUCUCAGAGAUAUGCUUCCAAAAUACUAUCGACAUCUAAAAAAGCAUGGGGUCUCAUUGUUAACCACAUUAUAUGGACUUCAUGUGGUGAGACCAAUCGGAGGUAUUAAGGUAUAUUUUGUUGUCAUGUCGAAUGUGUUGCAAUCAGAUUUGCACUUGCAUCGGCGAUAUGAUCUCAAAGGCUCAUCAAGAGGUCGAAAUUUCAACAAAGUAAUAGUUCACGAGGAGAUAAUAUAUAAGGAUAUAGAUCUUGAUUUCUACUUUUACCUGGAUCCAUCGCUCCGCAACAAGAUAUUGUCGCAACUCAAGUGCGAUUGCGAGUUUUUGGAAGCUGAGGGCAUCAUGGACUAUAGUCUUUUGCUCGGUGUACAUAUAGAAGCCUCCUCGCGUCAAGGAUUAUUAGACAGGAGAAAUUCUUCUUCUGGAACAAAGACCUCUCCGGGACGUGACAAUGCAGACUUGACUGUUGCUGACAUUCUUAAACAUAAUGGCAGGUUUGGUGCAAAACUUCCUGCAAGCGCAGUCAGGACGCCAAGGAACGAGAUGGGGAUUGUUUCUUCACCAAGCAGGGUCAGGGUUCCAGAGUGCUACAACGUUUCACUAUACUUUGGAGUAAUAGACAUUUUCCAGAACUACAAUGUGAUAAAGCGCCUCGAGCAUGCUUACAAAUCAAUACAGUAUGAUUCAAAGUCGAUCUCAGCCGUGAAUCCAAAAGUAUAUUCUUCUCGCUUCCAAGAUUUUCUCAGCAAAGUAUUUCUAGCGAGAGAAUCAAAUAAAAUCUGGAAUUUUGAGUUUUGAUCCAAUUAAAGUCAAUCCAGUGGGGAGAAAUCAACAAAAAGAGUCAUGUUUGUUCCUUGCCCACAUCAUGAUUUAUGUAUAGGAAGGCAUUGAGAGGGUCAGGUAGUAGUGGAGAUCGUUAGCAGAGACAGAGAAAUUGGGAAUAUGGAGCUGAGGAAGAUUGUGAGAAUGGUUCAGGUUUUACUGUUGUUGUGUUGUUUGCCUGAGGCUUUCCUUUUUACCUUACAGUAGCUCUGUUGAACGCCUUGCUUUUUUUCUUUUGUACUCAUUCUAUAAGCAAGUGUAUUAAGGACACAGGGUGCAAACCAAAUGAAUGGAUGAAAUGUGAUUGAAAAAUUCAGAAAGA